CAUAUUGCACAACCCACGGCGGAUUCUAGGGACCCCACCUCCCCCAAACGAAAUCUCACAACCCGAGGCUAUCUUCAAAAAACACAUCGAAACGUCGUCGUCAGGUUCCUAACGGCGUCAUAUGGACCGCUCGUCUCAUGCCAAUAAAUAUCUCCUUGUACUCUCACUUCCCUUCACACUCUCAUUCCCAGCUCUGAUCAUAGUUUUCAUCGCUCAUCGGAAACUUCUACAUCUUCUACAAAAUGGCUAAAGAUCCAGUUCGCGUUCUCGUUACCGGUGCCGCCGGACAAAUUGGAUAUGCUUUGGUUCCAAUGAUUGCCAGGGGAGUGAUGUUGGGUGCAGAUCAGCCUGUAAUUCUCCACAUGUUGGAUAUUCCACCUGCUGCAGAGGCAUUGAAUGGAGUGAAGAUGGAAUUAGUGGAUGCUGCCUUCCCUCUUCUUAAGGGUGUUGUUGCCACAACUGAUGCUGUUGAAGCAUGCACUGGUGUUAACGUUGCGGUCAUGGUUGGAGGUUUCCCCAGGAAAGAAGGCAUGGAGAGAAAAGAUGUGAUGUCCAAGAAUGUUUCUAUUUACAAGUCCCAGGCUUCUGCUUUGGAGAAGCAUGCAGCUCCCAACUGCAAGGUGUUGGUCGUUGCUAACCCUGCCAAUACAAAUGCAUUGAUCUUGAAAGAAUAUGCACCAUCCAUUCCUGAGAAGAACAUUUCCUGUCUAACAAGGUUGGACCAUAACAGGGCCCUAGGUCAAAUCUCAGAGAGACUGAAUGUUCAAGUGAGCGAUGUUAAAAAUGUCAUCAUUUGGGGAAACCACUCAUCAUCACAGUACCCUGAUGUCAACCAUGCAACAGUUGCAACACCAGCUGGAGAGAAGCCAGUCCGUGAACUUGUGGCUGAUGAUGCAUGGUUGAAUGGUGAGUUCAUUUCUACUGUACAGCAGAGGGGUGCUGCCAUUAUCAAGGCUAGAAAGCUUUCUAGCGCCCUUUCCGCUGCUAGUUCUGCUUGUGAUCACAUACGUGAUUGGGUCCUUGGAACUCCAGAGGGAACUUGGGUUUCUAUGGGUGUUUACUCUGAUGGGUCAUACAAUGUCCCAGCUGGGCUUAUUUAUUCCUUCCCAGUUGCAUGCAAAAAUGGAGAAUGGUCUAUUGUUCAAGGUCUUCCAAUUGAUGAGUUCUCAAGAAAGAAGUUGGACGCUACAGCUGAGGAACUAUCCGAGGAAAAAGCAUUGGCAUAUUCCUGCCUUACCUAAAUUGCUAACAUUUCCUAAAUUGCUUUUUCAACUCAUGGGGAGUGUAUGUGAUAAUAGAAGUGGCUUCAGUAUGUGAUAAUAGAAGUGGCUUCAGUUUUGAAUAAGGCCAUUGUUGAUUCUUGAGGAAAGUGAUAAUGGGGAUGCUGCGUCGUCAGUUGUUUACUCUUUAAUUGUACUCUAUUUUUAUGUCCAUGUUUUGAAAUAGAACUGAUAUUUUCAUGAAUAAUUAGCAUCUUGUGUUGUCCCUUGGAUGA